AUGGAGAGCUGGGUGAGGGAAUGUGGAGCAGAGACCACUUCGCAGGCUGUAGCCCUGGCCGAAGGUUUCCUCCUGAGUCAGGCAGAGGAGAGAAAGCAGGCAGAGCAGCAGGCAAAGGAUCUAUUUGCAGAAAUGGGCCCUGAUUCCUGUGAGGCAGAGAAGACUCCGUUGGAUGCCAGAGGGAGGCCGCUGGGUGACAGAAGGAUGCCCCCAAGAUCUCAUCCAUCUUUUCAUGGUAGUGGAGGAGAAGCAGCAACUGUGGAAACCGAUCAGGGUCCUCUGUGCUUUGAAGAUGUCGCUGUGUAUUUCACAGAGGAGGAGUGGGCGUUGCUGGAUCCUGACCAGAGAGCUCUGCAUAAGGAAGUCAUGGAGGAGAAUCGUAGGAUUGUGGACUCUCUCAGUGGUGAUGGAUUGGAAAUCAUGAGCAAAGGAGACCAUUACAAAAUUGACACAGGAGAUAACUCCUAUUCCACAUCCCAUCAAGUAAAUCCCAUUGGGAAGAAUCACUAUCAGUGCUUGGAAUGUGGAAAGACUUUUAGUCGGAAGGAUAGUCUCACAUCCCAUCAAAGAACACACAGUGGGGAAAAACCCCAUCAAUGCUUGGAAUGUGGAAAAAGCUUCAGUCAGAGAUGCAAUCUGGCGUCGCAUCAGAAAAUUCAUACAAGGGAGAGACCAUAUCAGUGCUUGGAAUGUGGAAAGAGCUUCAGUCACAGCUUCAAUCUCACUUCUCAUCGAAGAACUCACAGUGGGGAGAAACCAUAUCAGUGCUUGGAAUGUGGGAAGAGAUUCCGUUUCAGCGGCUCGCUCACUCUCCAUCAAAGAAUACAUACAGGAGAAAAACCAUAUCAGUGCUUGGAAUGUGGAAAGAGCUUCAGGCAAAGUUCUAACCUCAUGGCCCAUCAAAGAAUUCAUACAAGGGAGAAACCAUAUGAGUGCUUGGAAUGUGGAGUGAGCUUCUCUCAAAAGGCUAAACUCACAUCUCAUCAAAUAAUUCAUAAAGGGGAGAAACCAUAUCAGUGCUUGGAAUGUGAAAAGAGCUUCAGUCGGAGGUCCCAUCUCACUUCCCAUCAGAAAAUUCAUACAAGUAAGAAACCCUAUCAGUGCUUGGAAUGUGAAAAGAGCUUCUGUCAAAGGGCUAAGCUCACUUCUCAUCAAAGAAUUCAUACAGGGGAGAAACCAUAUCAGUGCUUGGAAUGUGGGAAGAGAUUCACCCAUAAGGAAAGUCUUGCAUCCCAUCAAAGAAUUCAUACAGGGGAGAAACCAUAUCAGUGCUUGGAAUGUGGAAAGAGAUUCACCCAUAAGGAAAGUCUCACUUCCCAUCUAAGAAUUCACACAGGGGAGAAACCAUAUCAGUGCUUGGAAUGUGGGAAGAGAUUCACCCAUAAGGAAAGUCUCACUUCCCAUCAAAGAAUUCAUACAGGGGUGAAACCUUAUCAGUGCUUUGAAUGUGGAAAGAACUUCAGUCAGAAAGCCAAGCUCACAGCUCAUCUAAGUGUUCAUACAGGGGAGAAACCAUAUCCGUGCCCCGAAUGUGGAAAGGGCUUCAAUCACAGCUCCAAUCUCAGUUGCCAUCUAAGAACUCACAGCGGGGAGAAACCCCAUAAGUGCUUAGAGUGUGGAAAGAGCUUCAGUCACAGCAGCUCUCUCUUUUUCCAUCAAAGAAUUCAUACAGGGGAGAAACCAUACCCAUGCCUGGAAUGUGGAAAGUGCUUCACUAGGAAGGAACGUCUCACUUCCCAUCAAAUAACUCACAGCGGGGAGAAACCCCAUAAAUGCCUUGAAUGUGGGAAAGGCUUCAUUCAAAAGGCUAAGCUCACAGCCCAUCAAAGAAUUCAUACAGGGGAGAAACCUUAUGAAUGCUUGGAAUGUGGAAAGAGCUUUGGUCAGAGGGCUAAGCUCACAGCCCACCAAAUAAUUCAUACAGGAGAGAAACCCUAUAAGUGCUUGGAAUGUGGAAAGAGCUUCAGUCAGAAAGCUAAGCUCAUAGCUCAUCAAAGAAUUCAUACAGGGGGGAAACCAUAUCAGUGCUUGAAAUGUGGGAAGAGCUUCAUUUGGAGGGCUACACUCACUUCCCAUCAAAGAAUACAUACAGGGGAGAAACCAUAUGAGUGCUUGGAAUGUGGAAAUUGCUUCAGUAGAAAGGAACAUCUUAUUUCCCAUCAAAGAAUUCACAGUGAGGAGAGACCAUACCAGUGCUUGGAAUGUGAAAAGAGCUUCAAAUGGAAAAAAAGUCUCAGUUUCCAUCAAGGAACUCACAGCAAGGAAAAUCAUAUUAUUUGAACAUAUCCUUUGAAUUUCCAGGCUAAACAUAUGGAAAUCCCUCAAACGUUCCUCAUAAGGAACCUCUAGGAUUAAAAAUAAUAAUAUUUAUACCCCACCCAUCUGACUGGGUUUCCCCAACUACUCUUGGCAGCUUA